GCUGAACGUGUAAGCGGACAUCUGCGCGCUCUCACCACCGACAUACUGCGCCCCGCUAAGUUCAAAAUGUUUCGAUACCUAUUAAUGGCACAGACGUACGCGAGUGACGGAUGAAUUGCGCCAAACAGUUUUCAUGCGACUGUAAUUGUUUGGAUUUAGUUGCAUUUGUGAUUAUGUGACGUGAUUGUAAAUUAACUAUUCUGAUGGUGUUGGGCGAUGGAUGCGGGCGGCGAGCGCUGCAGGUCGCGGCGCUGGCUGCGUGCGUGCUGGUGGGCGCACUUGCCCCAGAACGGCUGGAGCCAUGCGCUGGAAGCCCAUUGUGCUCCUGCCGGUUCGCUCAUAUGUCCUGCACUGCAGUGCCGUUGCAUAGGUUUCCAGACUGGCCACGAAUAGAACUUCAGCAUCUGGAUAUAAGUAUGUCCCAUUUAGAAAUUAUAACUGAGAGUGCUCUGGAUGGGUUACACUUACAAACAUUAGUUUUAGUAGCAAAUAAAUUACAUUACAUCGAAACACACGCCCUUAGUUCCAUGGCAAGUUCCUUGGCCUCUUUAGAUCUGAGUUACAACGAAUUUACAGAAAUACCUGAAGAGGGCCUAAAUGAUUUAAGAGUAUUAAAUUGGUUAAAUUUACAGAAUAAUUACAUCGCGCGCGUCGGGCCAGAAAUAAGGUGGCAUUAUUUGGAAGACACGCUGACUAGUUUAUCACUAAGCAACAAUCAAAUUUCACAACUAAAAUCACAAGCACUUACUGCUUUAAACCACCUUCUUCAGUUAGACUUGGAUGGCAAUUAUCUUCGCAGCAUCAGCUAUGAUUCCUUACCUCCAUCGCUUACGGCCCUAAAGUUAUCAAAUAACUUUCUUCAUGAGCUCUCCUGUGAUUUAAUAUUUAAUCUUCCAAGAUUGCAAGUGCUGCAUGUACGUCAUAAUUUAAUCUCCUUUGAUGUUAAUUUCACAUGUGCACAUAACAAAUCAAAAAAAAUAGAAAAGUUAGAUUUAAGUAACAACAAAUUAAAUGGCUCCAUAGAAAUGCUGUUAUUUCGAGAGGUACAGAUUAGACAGAUAAUAUUAGACCUUAAUGAACUAACAACGUUACCUAAAUCGUUAUUUACAAACAAUCGAAUCGAACGACUAUCAAUAUCUUACAACAAACUGAAUUCAAUUUCACGGGAUAUAUUUAUUGCUUUGAAAAACUCUCUGGAACAUUUAGAAAUAGAACACAACAAAUUGUCGUACUUGCCGGACAGUCUCGUGCAGGUCUUGCGACUGCGACAUUUAUCUUUAGCUUACAAUGAGCUAGAAGAGUCGCCUCCGCUCCCAAGUCGUAUUCAGACGCUCUCGCUCGCUGGAAACUUUUUGACUUCCAUUCCUUCCACGCUCCAAGCACUUGAUCCGGGCUCCAUUCGUUAUCUUGACCUUAGCUACAAUAGAAUAUCUAAUUUGCUACCCCAUGAGUUCCGAGAUUGGUCGACUUCACUUGGGACUAUAAACUUGAAGGGUAACAGAAUUUCCCAAAUUAUUAAUAAUGUGUUUCCUGUAAGCAUGCCCGUCAGAGAAAUCAAUUUAAGUUUUAACGAUCUCUAUUAUGUACAUCCUCAGUCGUUCUCUAAUUUAACGGGCGCUUUGCAUGUCUUGGAAUCAUCUUCGACGCUUUUUAGUGGCUAUUUUCCAAUAGAAAUAGACGAUGGCUUUGAAAAUCUCAGUUGGCUUUCGUUUGACAAUAACGACUUUCAUAUCCUGAAAAUGACCGAGCUUGCCACUUUUCCGUAUCUAAAAUAUUUAAAUUUAGAUUAUAAUAGAAUUGUGGAAAUUGUUGUAGACGAAAAUUAUAGUAAUGUAUCUUUAUCACUAAGUAACUUGAGAUUGUCCUAUAACUUUAUAAGCUGUAUAGAAUCAACUACUUUCAGUCGUAUUCCAGAGUUAACUAACCUUGAUUUAUCAUUCAAUCGAAUAAAUAGCAUUAAGAAGCAUACUUUUAGAAACUUGCAAAAUUUAAGAUAUUUAUCUCUUGCCGGUAAUAUAAUUGAUACCAUGGAAACAAAGGCGUUUACUAAUUUACCGAAAUUGGAGGUUUUGGAACUCCAACGUAACAACUUUAGUUACUUGUAUCUUAACUCGUUACAUAAUGUUUCCAACGAACACGUAACUUUUACCCUAAAUGUAAGUAGAAAUAAUAUAAGAUUUAUAGAAGGAGAUGUUCCAAUUUCUAUUAAUAUUUUUGAUGGCUCUUACAAUGAUUUUUAUGAAGUGCCAACAAAUUUUUUUAUUGCUGUGGAAUUUACUAUUAGGCAUGUUAUACUAUCUCACAAUAAAAUAACUCAUUUAAUAAGCGAAGCGUUCGGUCAGUCCGCCUUCUUAGAAAUAUUAGAUUUACAUAAAAAUAGUAUUAGUAUAAUAAAGAGAAAAACAUUUUCCGACCUUGUCUCAUUACAAAUACUGGAUCUUUCAUUCAAUGCCAUAUCGCAGUUAUCAGUCGAACAAUUUUAUAAUUUAAGAAAAUUACGAUAUUUAAAAAUGGACCAUAAUAAUAUUAGGUUAUUACCUAGAGAUGUUUUUAAAAAUACAAUUAUAGAACAUUUAGAUUUAAGUUUUAAUGAAAUAUCUUUAUUUCCGGUGACGGCGCUCUCUCAAAUUGGGUUUACUCUCCGACACCUUGAUUUUUCUGGUAACCGAAUUGAGUAUUUGGAUGGUAAUAUAUUUCGCAACACGCAAUUCUUAUCAAGUCUUAGUUUAGGAAGCAAUCUGCUCACGGUCCUAUCAGAUAACACGUUUUCGAGUCUCGGUGGCUUACGUCGUUUAGACCUUAGUUUCAACUCUAUAAAGGCAAACUUUAAGGAGCUGUUUCACAACCUCCCAAACUUGAGGCAUUUGAAUCUUGCAAACAUAAGUUUAAAGUCAGUGCCUUAUCUACCUUUAACAAACUUAACGAGUCUCAAUUUGACUUCUAAUUACAUUAAUAGUUUUAAAGAGACUGAUGUUAAACGAUUAGUAAACCUUCGUCACUUAGAUCUUAGCCACAACAGACUUACCUCUAUAGUGCCAAAAAUGUGGAUCCACUUGAAGAAUUUAAAUAUAUUGGAUAUUUCAUAUAAUCCCGUAGUGAGAAUUACGCCAAAUAGUUUCAAAGGAUUAAGUAAUUUGUCACAUUUAAAUCUGAAUGGCUUGAAGUAUUUAGACAUACUUGACCAAGAUUCUUUCCGUCCCUUAACAUCUUUACGUUCGUUACACCUGCAAACUUGGUCUACGAUAAAUCAUUCCACUUUCCGUCUCGCAAACAUUACUUCCUCGCUUCCCUCACUGUAUAAAUUAGUAAUACAUUGGAAAGAUAAGACGAUGAGUAACCAGCUGCAUGGAAUUGACACGAGAAAAAUACGAUACUUAGAAAUAAGAGGUUUGAGCUUGGAGAGAAUAACUGAUGAUGCAUUCGAACCAUUUGCUAACAGCCAAGAGAUAUUUAUUAAAAUAACAGAAACGUCUCUUUCUAAGUUGCCACCAGCAUUUAUGAAGCACCUAAGCCAAAUUCCACAACUAGGCAUCGACAUCAGUUACAAUCAAAUCACGAGACUUAAUCCGGCUAUCUUCUACCCGAAUUUUACGAGCUGGAGUCACGUAGCGACAAAAUUGCUUUCAGGUGGCUUGAUUCUGACUGGAAACCCUCUUCGUUGCGAAUGUGGUCUGGCGUGGCUUGGUGCUUGGCUGAGAAGGUGGCUUCAAGAAAAUGAAGCUGGAGCUGAGCUCCGAAGGGCAGUGAGAAGUGCCACGUGCACAGACCAGGUCGGAAAGCAAGUACUACUCCUCCAACUCAGAGCUGAUGAAGCUGAAUGUCAUGCCAGCGCUCUAUCGAGUGACGCCCAACCCAAUUAUGCUCAUUUUAUUUACAAAAUAACAUUUAGUCUUUGGAUUUUAGUUCUUAGAUGAUAAUGCUCAUGUUGUUAUGAACAGUGUGUACAUAAUUGUAAAUUAUAAUAAACUACGCAAUUAAAGUAAUGGUAGAAGAUCUUAAGUAUAUGUAAUACCUAGUUACUGAAUAAGAUAAAUUUAUAAGCAUUGUAUAAACGUGUAGAUAGUGGAAAAUUUUGUACGUUUUACUUAACACGUAUCUGUCCAACCUUUUUUUGUUAAGGACAUAAUAUGAAUUUAUUUUACGAAGAAAAUGUCAAAGUUUUUUGUUUCGAUUUAAAUUUCAUUAAACAAAGCUUAUAUCGUCUCCAUAUCAUAAUCAUAAAAAUUAAAUGCGGCCUGGAUGUAUCCACAAUAUUAUUUUUCAUUGUUUCCAUUUCUCUCGAAAUAGUUUAUAGAAAAUACAGUGCAGAUAAAUGUAGGUUACUUUACUGUUAUGUUUAAAUAUAUCAUUUUGUAGGCCAUCUAAUUAUGAAAGACCAUUAAAGCAAAAGUAUUGCAUAUAUUACAUACUAUAAAUCUUGUAAAUAU